AUUAUCCUGUAACAGACUCAACUUCAACCAUCACGAUUGAAUGUCUAAGGAAGAGUUUUAGCAGUCAAGGAAUACCAGAGACAAUAGAGUCUUAUAACAGCUCGUGUUUUGUGAGUACAGAAUUCAAAGAAUUCAUGCAGAAAAAUGGUUUCGAACACAUCACCUCUGCUCCUUGUCAUGCUUCUUCCAAUGGCUGUACUGAGCGUGCAGUCCAAACAUUCAAGUCAAUGAUGAAAAAGGCAGGUGUCGGAAGCCUUACCACUAAGGUGUCAAGAGUACUGUUUAGUUACCGCAUUACACCACAGUCUACCACUGGGUUGUCACCUGCUGAGAUGUUGCAAGGAAGAAAGUUAAGAUCUACAUUAGACCUCAUUCAUCCAGACCGUAGAGUAAAGGUGGAACGGAAACAAAGCAUCCAAAAGAAAAAUCAUGACAAGCAAGUUUCAGGGAGAAGUUUCCAGGAGGGAGCCGCAGUAAUCACCAGGAACUUCAGUCAUGGACCUAAGUGGAUCCCUGGGGUCAUUACUAAGAAAACAGGUCCUGUCUCCUGCAAGGUCAUGCUAGGAGAUGGCAACAUCCUGCACAGACACGCAGCUAUGUUCCAGAAGGAAACACUCAGGACAUGGCAAAGCCCUCUAAAAACCUUUACUUUCUGACACUCUGCCUAUAGGCACACCAGGGCAGUCAGAACAGUCAACUGUGCCUACAAGACGGUCACUGAGAUCGGUGUCGAAGCCGAAAUAUUUGAAGGACUAUGUGUGUUGAAAAAAAAAAAAAAACCUUCUUACUCUGUUGUUCAGUGUCUUUGUUAAAUAAGAGUGGAUGGCACAUAGCUAAUUUUAGUUUCAUGCAAGGAAACUGUAUGUAUGUUUGUUUGUUUUUGGAAUAUUUGUGUUCUCCAAGUAGAAGGAAACAGUUUAAGGGGAGAGGAAUGUAUUAGAUGGAAUAUGUUAUUGCUGUUAUAGUAGAUUGGUGGCAGUAUAAACUCACAUAUGAUAUAGUUUAUUUUAAAAAGGAGCUAAAUGUUACCCUGCUGUCUGCCUCUCCUUCACUAAAAUAUUACACACUAUAUACAGGAAGCAGUGGUUAGGAAGAUAAUGAAGGACCUCAGCCAUCCCAACAAUGUACUCUUCUCUCUGUUGCGGUCAGGGAAACGUUUCCGCUCCUCGAAGGCAAACACAGAGAGAAUGAAGAGGAGCUUCUUUCCGCAGGCCAUUCGGGCCCUCAACUAGAAUACCUAGAACCUGGACUUUCUGGACUUUUUUUCUGGACUUCCUCACACGUCAUUCUACCUCAGCAGAUUGUUGCACUACUCUGCACAGCUUAUUAAAAGUGAUGGUAUUGUGGUGAAGAUUCUGCAAAGUAUCAUCAGUCUUUUGGAGACAGCUAACUGAUAACAUGACUUCCUUCUGGAAAUCUUUAUUCAGUAAGCAGCCACAGCCCAAUGCUAAAGCGGAUAAAGACAUUGUUGUCCAGUUUGAUGAUCCAUGGAGAGAAAUAAAAUGGGACAGCAAAACUGAGAUAGUAGAGGAGGUGAAAGAACUUGCCCUCUCCAAUCCAGACAUCAAGCAUCUCCGAUUUCUGAUGACAGGACCCGUUGGGGCUGGAAAAUCCAGCUUUGUGAAUUCAGUCAAUAGUGUGUUUCAAAACAGAAUUACGAACAAAGCAAUCAUGGCAACAUCAACAGAAAUCAGUUGCACCGAAAUAUACAAAGGCUACAAAAUCAAAAACGGAGAGUCUGGAACUUUAUCGUUUAUGUUCUUCGAUAUGAUGGGUGUGGAAAAGGGUAGCAAAAAAGGAGUUGACGUACACGAUUUGAAUAAUGCAUUGCUUGGCCAUUUGCCUGAUGGAUAUAAGUUUAAUCAGCACAGUUGCAUGAGUACUGAUGACACAGGCUACAUUAGCAAACCUUCACUGGACGGAAAAACACACUGUCUGGUCUGUGCUGUAGAUGGAAACACCAUUUCUCAGCUGGAUGCAGAGAUUGUUGACAAAAUCAAACAAAGCUUUAAAGCAGCUGCAAAACUUGGAAUCUCUCAAGUUAUUGUCAUGACCAAGAUUGACGAAAUCUGUCCUCUGGUCAAGGAGAAACUGAGAAAUGUCUACAAGAGCAAGAAAAUUAAGGAGAAGAUGAAGGAAUGCAGUAACAUUCUGUCAGUCCCAAUGACCUGUAUCUUUCCUGUGAAGAACUACCACGAGGAGACCAAAACAAACGACGACAUCGAUGUCCUCCUGCUGAAUGCACUGAAACAAAUGAUACAUUAUGCCAAUGAUUAUACUGAAGAGCUCUAAACUCUUCACGUUACAAAAAGUACUCUUCCGAAAGUGUUCAUUUGGAAAAUUCAGCUUAUAAGCAAAGAAAGGAACAUGUCCUUUAUACAGUCUACAGUACUCUUCUUACAUAUGCUAUUAGGACUGUUGGUUUUUAGGCUUACUAAUCAUAUGUUUAUUACUUGUGUGUUUAUUGUUUAACAUUUUGUUUUAAUACAUUUUACAAUAUUGUUUCACAGCUCAUAGGAACCCAUGCAAGUACUAUUUACGAGGGGAAAAGGGUGUGAAUUGAAUAAGACUUCUUGUGGUUUUUUUAAUAAUGAUGGUUUUACUUCAGUAGCUCAUUUAGGGGUAUGUUUAUCGAAACAAAUAUUAAAACCUAUGAUUGUUGUAAAAGGCCAGUUUCUGUCUAGUUCAUACAAUUAAAAAACAAUUAUUAUUAUAAAAUAGCUCUAGUUAUAAUAAAAGUUUGUUCCACCACCUAAGUGCCAGGACAGAGAAGAAACCUCGAUGCAUGUCUUAAUUAAGUUAAGAGAUGAUAGGGCCAGCUGAG